CGUACCAUGACCUCGCCCACCACAGCGCCCAUGCCGGCCUACAACUCGUUCACGUCGCGGAAACGGUCCUCGCCGGCCGUCAAGCCGCUGCCCGAGGCCGUGGCGUGGCUCAAGGACCUCAAGCUCGAGAUGACCACGACCAACUCUAUCCGCAGCGCCGUCAAGUACAACCUGCGCGUCCAGUGCCAGCCCCAGGGCGCCGCCACCUCGAGCUGGGACGUGUGCCGCACGUUCGACCAGUACAGGUCGUUCCAGAAGCGCCUGCUGCGCCAGCUCCAGCCCAAGCACAGCUGCAAGGCCGAGUGCCGGUGGCUCUACAGCACCAUCAAGAAGCACUUCCCCAAGCCCACGCUGCUCGGCUCGCACUGCCCGCCGAUCGUGGACCAGCGCCGCCGAGCGCUGCUUCAGCUGAUGAGGACCGUGCAGGCGUCCAUCGUCAACCACGGCAACCGCAGCUGCAACAUCUUGAUGUCCAACGUAAGCCAGGAGUUCGCCGCCUUCUUCUCGGGCGACGGCACCUCGAGCGCCGACGACGCGACGCCCCCGCUCACCCCCACGGCCGGCUCCGAGAUGGAGACCGGGUCCGUCACGUCGGACGGCGAGGAGGAGGACACCGUCGACUACAACAUGAACGCCUUCGCCGACUGGAGGCUCCCCGUCGAGCACAACCCGCUCGAGCGCACCAGCAGCUCGCCCGUGUAAGCCAAGUAUCUAAUAUUUAAGCCCCAUAGAACCUUGAAAGCCUAAGCAAUAGAACACGUAACUUAUGCAUCC